AGAUGGAUUUGGCCAACCAUGGACUUAUUCUUCUACAGCAGCUUAAUGCUCAGAGGGAGUUUGGUUUCCUGUGUGACUGCACAGUUGCUAUUGGUGAUGUGUACUUUAAGGCACACAAAUCCGUCCUUGCCUCUUUUUCCAACUACUUCAAGAUGUUGUUUGUUCAUCAAAGCAGUGAAUGUGUCCGCUUGAAGGCUGCUGACAUACAGCCAGAUAUUUUCAGUUACCUCUUGCAUUUGAUGUAUACUGGAAAGAUGGCACCUCAGCUCAUAGAUCCCAUUCGACUCGAGCAAGGGAUAAAAUUCUUGCAUGCAUACCCACUGAUCCAGGAGGCCAGUCUUGCCAGUCAAGGAAACUUUGCACACCCAGAGCAAGUUUUCCCAUUGGCAUCAUCAUUGUAUGGAAUUCAAAUUGCAGAUCACCAAGCCAGAAAUCCCACAAAGGCAGUGACGGCACCUGACAAGCCUUUGCGAGAAGCACGGCCCCAGCUCUCGAGAGUGAACCAAGAACAGGUGCACGAACCCUCCCAACUAUCCCAGAUACCACCACCAGGUUUGCCUCAAGUGCCCCCAACAAAUAUGGUUCCCCCUGACCCACUGCAGUCUUCACUGUCUCCCGAGUUAGUAUCAGCUCCUUCUCAUCCUUCACCUGGAGAUGAAACCAACAUGGAAGCCUCUUCCUCAGACGAUCAACCUGCCUCUCUCACCAUAGCGCAUGUCAAACCGAGCAUUAUGAAAAAAAAUGGAAGCUUUCCCAAAUACUAUGCCUGCCACCUCUGUGGUCGGCGUUUCAAUUUGCGAAGUAGCUUGCGUGAGCAUCUCCAGAUUCAUACGGGGGUGCCCUUCGCAUCCAACCAGCACGGGGAAAGUAGCAUUCCCUUGUCUCUUUGUAAUAAUGCUCUUGAAAAAGAUGCUAUGGAUGCAACCGAGGCCGGAAUGAUCAGUGACAGUGAGCUGCAGCAGAUCUCAGAUUCACCCAUAAUUGACGGGCAGCAGCAAGCAGAAACCCCUCCACCCUCGGAUAUUGCUGAUAUUGACAAUUUGGAGCAGGCAGAUCAAGAAAGAGAAGUGAAAAGGCGGAAAUACGAAUGCUCCAUUUGUGGACGCAAGUUCAUUCAGAAAAGCCACUGGAGAGAGCACAUGUACAUACAUACCGGCAAGCCUUUCAAGUGCAGUACUUGUGACAAAAGUUUCUGCCGGGCCAAUCAAGCUGCUAGGCAUGUAUGUCUCAACCAAAGCACGGAUACCUACACUGUGGUGGACAAGCAGACUCUGGAGCUCUGUACCUUUGAGGAAGGCAACCAGAUGGACAACAUGUUAGUACAGACCAACAAACCCUAUAAGUGCAACUUGUGUGACAAGACAUUCUCCACGCCUAAUGAAGUUGUCAAACAUUCUUGCCAAAGUCAGAACUCCGUCUUUACUUUAGAAGAGGAAAGAUCCAUUCUACUCAGCGGGGGAGAUGCUGAAACCACAGAGAGCGAUCAUUCAGUUUUAGACUCUAUCAAAAAAGAACAGGAAGCAGUAUUGUUAGAUUGAUUGUGAAACUUGGGGGGGUUUUUUUGUAACAAAAGGUUAUGUUUGUUUAUUCAUAUUUUUUAUUAAACUUAUCUUCCUCCCCUCUCCCCACUAUAACUUCACUGACAUGAAAGGAAGUCUGGCUCUAUUCCCAGUAAAAGCCUAACAUUAAUAAAGGGUAUUAUAUCAAAUUAUAACUAUUGAUUUUAAUGAUAAGAAAGAAAAUAUGUAGGAGUAAAUUCCUUACCUUGGAAACUAUGUUACAGUGAUAAAUUGCUCAAUGACAGGACUGUAAACAAUUUGAAAGAUUGUUUAAUUAUACGCUUGAAUGCACUGAGAAGGUGAGAAGAAAACUAUGUUGGUCAAGUUUCAAUUGUUUAUUCUCAAACCUGAUUACUUGUUAGAGGAAGAUUAGUUAAGGAAAUUGAUUCCUAAGUGAAAUGCCUAUAGCUGUGUCUAUUAGUCAUUUUACAAAUGCUCAGAAAUUCCUUUAAUAGAAGCAAUCCAUUUUUUUUAAUCUACACAAUUUUUGACAAAUGUUUAUGUUCAGAUCAGUCCACUGAUAUUAUAUCCAUUCACAAAGAAUAAGAAUAUGAUCCUAAGCACACUUGAGUUGGUGGUAGAUCCUAUCCAUGGGGCUCAAACUUCUCAGCAAAAUGUGCUCAGGAUCAUAUUUCAUUAAAGUAGCAGUAAUAAUGUGAUGGCAAUCAUUUUAUAUGCAUAAUGUGUGUGCCUGUGUGCGUGCACAAGUGUAUUUACUUCAGGCAUGUAUGUACCGCAUGCACCCUUUUCAAAUUGACCACUUUUUUGAAAACAGUUUUUAAUAUCAGUAAAAAUACUCUUUUCAGAAGCGUAUUUAAAUUACACUGACCAUAUGAAUAUUUAUAUCUGAAUUAAAAUGAAUAAUGUUGAAGCCUAUUAUGGGUCAAAACCUGAAGGAAGUGAAUUAGAAGAACUCUACAAAGUAGUCCUUGCACCUCCCUCCCUAUGGGAGUAACAGUUUUCAGCCUGUUUUUGAGAUACAGAAAAGAAGAAAAACAAUCAAAGCAAUGGUCUGAAUUUACCUGAUUAAUAAAUGAAAAUUACGAGAAAGGGAAUCGGAUCUUAAUUUUUAAUUACUAGCAUCAUUUUAUAACAGAGCAAAAUAGAAGAAUGACCAAAUUAUAUCAUGGCUGGUUUUCAGGUUAAAGU